ACAUGUUGUUUUGCUUCUUUAGUUCAGUCACUGAGAUGUGCUAUUUACUGUUACGCGGUGACCGGCAGCGGGAGCACACGCCUGCAGCGAGAAGCCCCAUGCCCGGCCGGCGCAGCUGAUGGGCACAGGAGCAUGGCUAGACAGCACAGGCACACCGGCCAGCUAUUUAUCUCCAUGCCUCUGCUAUGAGGACAUCACCGGGGACCGACCGGAGGGAUUCGUUGAGCUCGUCCCUCGCCCAGUCUGCGUUCUGAGGUCUGUCACCCGUCUUUCUGCGUAGCAGCGCCCUGUGCGCCCGCCUGGGUACCCCGCACAGGAUUACUACGUCUCCAUUCAGAGAAGUGCGAUGUGCCGCACCGGCUAUUAGUGCAUCAUCAGGACAUUCUGCGCUACCCAGGCGCUGUCCUGUCUGGCUGGCAGGCUGCUGAUACACACUGUAAGCAGACACAUUCGGAGCUACUACUAUAAUUGCAUUGGAUGACAUUGUUACCACCUGCACAGCGAGGAGACUGCAGAAGGGCACUCAGGUGCUGACACCUGUCUUUUACUCCACGCCUUGCCCGAGUCUACUACUAUUACUGCUGCUGUUAUUCUGGAAGGUGCAAAACUCCAAGUAGAUUAUCUGUGACUACUGCAAGUGUCCCCACGCAGUGGCUGGGGCAGCAUCUACCUGGGAGCAGAGGAUGGCCAGCCCUCCCUCCCCACCAGGGCAGUCACCUCUCCCUGCUGGCUCUAAUCUCAACCACAACAACAACAACAACAGCAGCAGUGUAAAAAAAUGUGGCUAUUUACGCAAACAGAAGCAUGGCCACAAGCGUUUUUUUGUGCUGAAGGAGCCCGGGGAGGGUUGCCCUGCUGCCAGGCUGGAGUACUAUGAGAGUGAGAAGAAGUGGAGGAGCAAGUCUGCGGCAGCCAAAAGGGUGAUCUCUCUGGACAGCUGCCUUAACAUUAACAAACGGGCAGAUGCUAAGAACAAGUACCUGAUUGCCCUCUACACCCGGGAUGAGUAUUUUGCAGUGGCAGCAGAGAGUGAGCAGGAGCAGGAAAGCUGGUAUCGGGCACUCACUGAGCUGCUGAGUACUGGAAAAGAAAAAACUGUAUGUGCAGGUACAGGGGGCUGCUGCUGCUCAGGAACUGCCGGCUGCAGCACUAACUGCAGCAAUCACCUGGCUUUGACAGAGGACCCAAUUUAUGGACUAGUAACUCCAGCAAGUGCAGUCUACAGAGAGAUUUGGCAAGUGAACUUGAAACCUAAAGGUUUGGGACAGAUUAAAAGUAUGAUUGGUGUACAUCGCCUGUGCUUGUCUUCACGAAGCAUCAGUUUUGUACGUCUAAAUAGCGAAACACCGUCGGUGACCCUCCAGUUAAUGAAUAUCCGACGAUGUGGUCACUCAGACAAUUACUUUUUUGUAGAGGUUGGCCGCUCAGCUUCCACUGGACCGGGGGAGAUCUGGAUGCAGGUUGAUGACAACGUUGUAGCCCAGAGCAUUCAUGAGACUAUUCUGGAGGCUAUGAAGGCCAUGAAGGAGUUGGCUGAAUUUAGACCUCGGAGUAAAAGCCAGUCCUCUAGUUCCAACCCCAUUACUGUCCCAGGCAGACGACAUCACAGCCAGCUGCCACCAAGCCAGACAGGGCUAGCCAGGAAAACCCGUACAGACUGUCCUCCAUCAUCUUCUGCCAGUGUUCCCAUGAACCAAUCUUCACGACUCCGAACUGCUAGUGAAGGAGAUAAUUUAAGCAGCAGGAUAGUUCCAUGUAGUCCCUUAAGUCCCAGUAUUCUACGUGCACCACUAAGUCGUUCUCAUACUUUGAGUUUGGGGGGUCGCAAUGGAAAAUUGUUUCCAGCUCCUGGUCCUCUUCAACAUAGCAGGUCUAUGUCCAUGCCAGUUCCUCGAUCUCCACCUUCAGCUGCAAGUCCAAUUAGCUUGUCUUCAGGCAGCAGUAGUCAUGGCUCUGCCUCUGACCCUCUGAUUCCGCUACGUCCUUCUAGUUGCAAUGCUUCAGCAACUGGGUCGCCAAGUGACCCAGGUUUUAUUUCCUUGGAUGAAUAUAGUUCCAGCCCAGGAGAGCUUGCACGGGCAUAUUUAAGUUGCCGAAGUGGCACCCCAGAUUCUGUUUCUGGCACUCCCCCACAUACAGGAGAAAUGAAUGGGUACAUGUCAAUGGAUAGACCUUUUCCAGGUGGCUGUCUAUGCCUUGGCCGGCGAUUGGAAUGUUCAGGAAUGGAAAAGUGCCCCAGGAAGAGAACAUACUCUUUAACUACUCCAGGAAGACAGAAAAUUACAACUCCUCAACUUUCCUCUGCUUCCCUUGAUGAGGCUACUCUGAUUCGUGCCACAUGUAAGAGUAGUUCUGGUCUUCUGUCCUCAUCUCCUAAAGCAUGCCAUUCCUAUCCAGAAGACUAUGCGGAUGUGGAGAUUGGACGUCAUGAGGAUGAUGGAUACAUGCCCAUGACUCAUGGGACAGCUUCUGCUUCCUCGUCCACAGAUUAUGUUCCAAUGAGUCCUGCAAGUGUAUCUGCCCCUCAACAAAUCUUACAGCCACGUACUUGCUGCAGUGAGUCCACUGGAGGUUCACAGGAAGAUUCACCAGAUGGUUAUAUGCAUAUGUGGUGUGGUCCAAAAGCACGACCAGUACCUGUGCAUCAGCGACUUUCCCCUGCCGAACCACAAUCCUUUACUCCCCCUGAUUAUUUCUUCAUGCAACCUAAAAAUAACUGUUGCUGCCAGAAUCAUAUAAUUGCACCCCAUCCUGCUAGCCCAGCAGACGCUGAACCCUAUGUAAUGAUGAGAUCCCCUGCUUCCUCUUCUCCACAUGGUAGAGCAACUCGACCAUCCCGCCUUGCACUGCGGACUCUGCCUAGUAUGAGUGAGCAUCCUCCAGAACCACCUAGUCCUCCUGGAGGGGAAUAUAUUCACAUAUGUUUUGGAGAGACAAGGUCACAAAAUUCCCUUACUUUGCCUCAACCAACUGCUCUAUCAGUUUCUGCACCACUGUAUUCUGAAGGCAGUCCAACUUCCUUAUCUUCUGGUUCUGAGUCUCAGCACUCUCCAAUUUCAGACUAUAUGAACCUAGAGUUUGGACCUCCUUCUCCAAAACCGAACGUCUCUCCAAACUUAUGUCCAAAUUCAGACUACACAGAAAUGAGCCCAAGGAAGACACUACCACAACCAUCAACUCCUGUGUCUUCUCCACCAAGAAAUGAAACAUUACCUAUAGAUAGUACAAUUUCUGGUGUGCAGUGCCUCAGUUUGCUCAUGGAUCAGAUGAAAGGGGAAUUUAAUCUACACAGUCCUCCCCCGGAUCCAAACAGGGGUGCUAAGGUCAUUCGGGCAGACCCACAAGGGGGACGUCGUCGCCACAGCUCUGAGACUUUCUCAUCCACAACUCAAGUGACUCCUGUAUCUCCUUCGUUUGCACACAGUCCCAAGAGACAUAGCUCAGCUUCAGUGGAGAAUGUGUCUCUGAGGCCUGGUGAGACUUUAGAGGGUGGUGAGUGUGGCAGUCCCAUGUGCAGGGAAACCUCUGCUGGGUUCCAAAAUGGACUUAACUACAUUGCCAUUGAGUUGUCACCUGAAGAACGAAACCUGUUGCUGCUAACACAAGCCUCUUCCAGGGGUCACUUGCCUGCUCUGGGACUUGCCAGUAUGGACAUUGGGUCUUAUCCAAGCAUUGAUUUCCUGGGACAUCGAAUGAAGGGUGCCACCACUGUCAGAGAGUGAAGACGCUGGCUCCAAACCUCACCACACUGCAGAAAAUAUCCAUGGGCCUACUACAUUAUUACCAGAUGCUGCUACAGUCUCACUCUUUCCGCUUAUGCGGUUUGAAAUUUCUCCGCUCAGGUAUACACUGUGGUGGACAUGCUUCGGAAAGAGCUACCCUGACAGAGAGACCUGACUCUAUAAAACUGGAUGGCAUUAUAUUCCUUCUGUCUGUUCCAACAUGAAAACCUACCAUAUACUGUCAAGUCCACAUUUAAUGAUGAGGCCUUCAUCAAUCUUCCUUAUUUAUUCGUCGGUAAACUGGGACUAUCAGCUAAGGCAGUAACAUCAGACAUAUUGUCAAUUAAGUGUACCAUGUGCCCUACCUCAGUAAACAAAGAAAAUAAUAAAUUAAGAGAAGAUGAAAUUUUUAAUGUUGAAUUGUGCAAUGAAGUUUCUGGAGAAAGUGUUCAGCGUUGUUAUACAGUAGAAGAACAUUACUGCUUGUUGGAUCAAAAUGACUGGCUGCACCAGUUUGCUUGGAAAACAGACACACCAUGGCACUAAGUGACAUGGCAACUAUUAUAAUAUUAAUAAUGCAUUGGUGCACAUUUGCUUUCAUGUUUCCAAAAGUGGACCAAAAAAUGUGACUAAUGACCUAGUUGCACCAAUGGCCGCCGCAUGCACUACACGGUUACACAGAGCUUCACUUGACUCCUUGUAGUUUGGUCUAGCCGAUUACUAUAUGUACAGUAGCAGCAGGCUGAGGAUGGGGAUUUAUAUCACUGAUGUGCAAAUAUUAUGUACAUUUUCAGCAUCAAGAGAUUUUAUGCGUUGACCCGCAUACUAUUGACAUACACUAAUAACUUCCUCGCGGUUGCAGUUUUUCAUUUUAGGUACAGUACUUUCAUUUUAGUAUUGAUUGUAACACAUACAUACUUAGCUGCAUUGCUCUUAACCAAAAAAUUCCAUGUUUUGCAUUAUGGAGUAUUUAUACUAAGAAAUGUGCUGUUACAACACUGAAAUGAAUGGGCUAGCCAUCUGACAUGGUUCUUCCUGGUUGAACAAAUCGCUUAGUAGGGUCUCCUGGAUGCCACAUAUCUGUAUGAAAUGCACUGUCAACCUAAGGAAAGAGAAUAGAAAAAUAUGUGCACACUCAGAUAGUGGUCAGUGUGUUUCAUUCUCAUUCUACUGGAAAAUGAAGUCCUCCUAACACUACCCUCCUUGCGAAGAGCAAAAAAAAUAAAAUAUAUAUAUAUAUAUAUAUAUAUAUAUAUAUAUAUAUAUAUAUAUUAGUGUGUGUAUAUAUUAUAUUAUUAUAAUAAUAUAUUGUGUUUACUGCCUUUCUAUUUUUAUGGGAUGCCGUUUAAUUAGAUUGGCUGUAAGCCAUUAUUUUCAGAAGGUACAAAGAUAGAUCAUACACAUUUUAAUGCAAGGUUUCUGUGUAAAUGAUCAAUUUCUUAAUUUCGCUGAAUGUGAUUUUUCAGAGAGUGAACACUCUGUUUUAUCAAGGUUUGAUGGUUGCAACUAUUAAAUGACAAAAUCAUUUUUUUUUUUUGGCUCUGAACAAUGCUUUUUACAAAUCAAUUUAAUAAAAAAACAAACCCUGGUCUUCCUGCUUACACAAAGUCUUACUAAUAAGGAUUGUAUUGCCAGACAAAAAUGAAUGUAAAUUCAUAUCUCUUUUUCUAUUGCUCCUUUUUCUAGUUUGAUUGUUGUAGGCAGGGGAAAGUAUCGCUUCAUACAGCAAUGUUCAGGUCACUAAAGAAAUGGUCUGUUUAUUGAAAGUUAGUAUAGUGUAGUUUUAUAUAUAAAUAUGGUGUAAAGAUGUAAAACUUUCUAAAAUAUUUUGUCUGUCUCCAAAUGAAAUCUAAUUAAUAUUUGCUACAUAAGAACCAUAAUGGCACUGAACGUUGUUACCUGCUGACAUCAAUAUUUGAUUUAUACUGAAAAUCUAAACCUAUAUAAGUGGCUAAAUGUCUCUGUAAGAUUGAUUUACAGUCAUACUAGUUUAGGUGGGCGAACUGUACGAAAAGCUAGCUCAGCUCUGUAAAUUUCACAUAAGGUAUAUGCAAUAUUUAAAUUUGAGAUUUAGUUUACAGAAUGCAACCAAAAUGUACAGGUUUUGCAGAAACACCAUAAUGUAUAUUUAAAUCUUUGUACAUUUUUUGCCCAAUUACCUUUAAAAUAUUUUGCUAUCGUAAACUUAAAAGUUAUCAAACAGUAUUUUAUUCUUUCUUUACUUGGGUACACAUUGUUUCUGAAUAUUAAGAUGUUAAAUAUAUUUCUUACAAUUGUGGUAUGACAAGAGACCUAACUUUUAUCUUGCAGUGUCUUCCGACAUACAUGGGAAAAUAAAUUUGUGAGAUAGAUAUAUAUAUAUAUAUAUAUAUAUAUAUAUAUAUAUAUAUAUAUAUUGAUAAAUGUGAUGCUGCUGGAGACAUAAUAAAUAAAACUAGGAUAGUGCAUUGUAUUUAGUGUUUAUUGAUCUUGAAUGCUGUCUUAAUAGCCAUAUGCAAUAAAUACAUUAUUUAUGAUAGGAA